UGACUGGUCCAUACGCAACGCUAUGGAGGGCCUUUUGAUCGCCGUGGCAUGUGCGUUCCUGUCCUGCUCUGUCAAAGGAAAUAACUGGUUGUGGGAGUAUGAGGAGGGGAUACGACACUACAGCAAGGAGGCCCUCAAUAAGGAGUUUCCUGAGAAAACUCGACCUGUGAGCUUCAAACAUCCCAUGUUUCAGUGCCCUGACAUGACCCCCUCUCCCUCUGUACCCUCUUCAGUUGAAUUGGUGAAGGCAGCAGAUAUUAAAGUCAUUGCCGCUUUGGGGGACUCUCUGACAACAGCUAUAGGUGCGAAUGCCACCAACGUGCUUGGAAUCCCUAUAGAGUUUCGGCAUGUGUCAUGGAGUAUUGGAGGUUAUGGCACUUUUCAAGACGUCAUAACUUUGGCGAACAUCAUCAAAUUAUUCAACCCCAAUUUGCUUGGCUCUUCUCCUGGAAAGACUAUCCAUGGGAUGGAGGCUCAUAUCAGUGAAACAGGUUUUAAUCUGGCUGUGACUGGACACAACACCUUCAACCUCCCUGGCCAGACAAGAGAAUUAAUUGACACUCUGAGAGGAUAUGAGGGCCUAAACUUUGAAGAAGACUGGAAGCUUCUAACCAUUCUUAUGGGCAUGAAUGACAUCUGUGAUUACUGCAAAGAUAAGGCUCUGUUUUCGGUGGAUAAUUUUAUUCACUACAUGACCCUCUCUCUGGAAAUGCUUAUGAAUGAGGUUCCCCGUAUGAUCGUCAACGUGGUGCAGAUCUUGCCCAUGCAAACACUGAGGGAGGUACAGAAGCCCACCCCAGGGUGUCUUCUACAACGGUCCUUCUGCUCAUGCCUGAUAGAGCCAGUGUCCAGAUCUCCUGAACUUCAGGAGCUGGUUGAGGUCAAUCUGGAGUUUCAGAAAAGACUUGAGGAGCUGCUGUACAGCGACCGCUUCUUCAGGGAGGAUUUUGCUGUCGUUCUCCAGCCUUUCCUGAAACACGCUGACCCUCCUCGCCUCCCGAAUGGGAGGAUUGAUAUGACCUUCUUCACUCAUGACUGCUUCCACUUCACCAUAAAGGGACAUGAGGAGCUGGCCAAAGGACUGUGGAACAACAUGUUUCAGCCUGAGGGAGGGAAGAUGAUUGUGAGCAGUUUUUCUGAACCCAUCAGUCUCAUCUGUCCACCAGUGGAACACCCGUAUAUCUUCACCCGCCCGGUCGCAGCCAAGUCAAGUCAGCCUCUUCUUCAUUCCAGGGUUGAAUCACUGGCAGCCAUCCUCCUGCUAUUCCUGCUUUAUGUGGCUUAAACACAUCUCAGAUUUUAAGUUCUGGUCAGAACUUUACACACAUUUAUUGUUAUGAAUGAAGGUCACAAUCAUCUUUUGGCUUUUAAUGAGGAAUUUGAACUGUUCUUUUCCAUGAACGGAUGAUUUUACAAAAUACAUCUUCAGUAGUAACGCAGGUUAUUUUGGAGCUUCUGGAACAGCCCAGAACCAAAUCCUGUUGAAAAUUUGUGUACUAUACUUAAGCUCCAGGUACAUGCCAGGAAGCCAACCAGUUUAAGUGGACUCUGCCAUUACUUAUAAAAAGAGAGGUCCAACAUUAUGCCAGAAUUGCACCAGAAGCUUGAUGAUGACCACAAACCACGUUCUCUGCAAAGACAUUUAUCUAAACAAUAAUUAGGUCUUCAUAUUUCUUUGAGCCUGUAGGAAUAAUUUAGGUCAUAUUUACACUAAAUCCACAAUAAACUCUUAUUUUUCAUUGAACUUGUGUGUUGCAUAAUCUUUAAUCCCUGAAUAGAAUAGUUUUAUAUGGCAGCUCAUUGCAUUUACCAAAGAAAAAAAUUAUUGACAUCUUUUCUCGUAACUCGUAGUUAUGUGAAAAGAUGUCAAUUAUUUUUUUUUCUUUGGUGAUUACAAUGAGCUUCCGUAGUUUUGAAUAAACAAUUAAAAGACCCAAAAUUCUGAAGAUAGUCAUGCUAACGAUUAGAGUAUGUAAACCUUUGACCAAAACUGACCAUUGCUUUGCUUUCUUGUUCUAAUUUAGAAUCUCUACAGUAAUCUAGUCAUUGACCAGCCAAGGGGUGAACCAUAAUGUGGCUUUGAAUGUCUAAGCAUCACUAAGGAAAAUCACGGCAGUUUCAACAUCAAGUUUUUACAACACAGUUUUCCAAAUUUUUGCAGAUAGAGAUGGAGCUGGUUGAGAGUUUUAGCCAUUGUAAAGUAUUAUUGUUGAUGUUUAGAUGAAAAGGUUUGGCUCUUAAAAGUAUAGUGAAUAAUCCCUUCACUAUGAGCCUGAGAUAACAUGCAUGAGCAAUAUUUUCCGUUUCCUAGCAAAGGCUUCCAGCCUUAUGUAUUUCAGAGGAAGGAUUAUGCACUGUCUACCUUCAGGAAUAUGUAUUUAUUUCACACAGAUAUUAAUAAAGAAGGAUGAGUGAAACAUUUAAA